CAAAAAUCACCUCCAAAAGUCAAAGACAACUUCUAGCUGGAGACCUUGCAGGUCCAUCAUUUGAGACAAAUCUUUCAUAUCCCCUUUUUGUUUUUAUUUUUAGUUCAAGCUACCAAAUCCCACUGAAGUUUACCUCUUCUUUUAUCCUCUUCAUAUUGUCCAAAUUAUAAGGAGGUGGACCCAAGGAGUGAAAUUCACCAAAGAUUUGAGUUUACAUGAAUUUGUGAACAGUCAAAGGUUUAGGGUAAAAACAAAAAACUAUAACAAUACAAUGGAGAAAGAAGCAAAUUGCCAGGCCAGUUCCUUGCCUACGUCUUUUCAAAUGGUAAUUGGUGAAACGUCAUGUGGAGGAUCAAAUACUAAUAAUCAAAUGGUUGAUUAUAUGUUCAAUUCUCAUUCUACACAACAACAACAACAACAUCAGAGUUCUUUAGGGUUUUGUCCCUCGAAUUCUUCUCUAGACAAGUUGAGCUUCGCGGAUGUGAUGCAAUUCGCGGAUUUUGGUCCCAAAUUGGGCUUGAAUCAAACCAAGGUAUCAGAGGAAGAUGCCGGGAUUGAUCCUGUUUACUUCCUUAAGUUCCCCGUUCUGAACGAAAAGACGGUGCAUGAUGACGAUCAAGAAGCCUUAAUGGUACCACAAAAAGAAGAGAAAUUUAAAUUAAUAGAAGAAGAAGGUGGAAAUGAAAAAGGUGAAAAUAUUCUUGACAAAAUCCCAGGGAAUGAAGGCAAGAGCAAUAAGAGAAAAAGGCCUAGAAUCAAGACAAAUGAGGAAGUUGAGAGCCAAAGAAUGACACAUAUUGCUGUGGAAAGGAAUAGAAGGAAGCAAAUGAAUGAACAUCUUCGUGUCUUGAGGUCUCUCAUGCCAGGCUCCUACGUUCAAAGGGGAGAUCAAGCAUCUAUUAUUGGUGGAGCAAUUGAAUUUGUUAGAGAAUUGGAGCAACUUUUACAAUGCCUUGAGUCACAAAAAAGGAGGAGACUCUAUGGAGAUGGCCCAAAACAAUUAGGAGAUUCAUCAACAACACCAUCAAUGGCCAUUCAAAACCCUAGUAAUCCUCAUCAGCCACCAUUAUUAUUUCCACUUCCAAAUGAGUAUAUUGAAGCUGGAAUUCAAGAAGAAACAGCUGAGAGUAAGUCUUGUCUGGCUGAUGUUGAAGUGAAGCUUUUAGGGUUUGAUGCAAUGAUCAAGAUUCUAUCAAGAAGAAGACCAGGACAACUCAUCAAGGCAAUUGCUGCAUUAGAAGAUAUGCAACUUAGUAUUCUUCAUACAAAUAUUACUACCAUUGAACAAACUGUUCUCUAUUCAUUCAAUGUCAAGAUUUCUGGUGAAACGAGGUACUCAGCCGAUGAUAUAGCAAACUCGAUCCAGCAAAUAUUCAGUUUCAUUCAUGCUGAAAUAGCCCCAUAUGAUGUCAACUAGUGGAAGACCAUUUAAUGUUUCAUUGUUCUGUCUAGGUUAUGUUCUUGUGACCACACUAGCUAGGCAUAUCAUAGUACUAGAUAAAGAUUAGAACAUAAAUAUAAGAAUGCUAAAUUUGUAUGUUUGUGAGCACAGCUCUUGAUAAUUCGAUAUAUUUCGUGAAAGAUUUAGCUAAUUAAUGUUACAAAUAA